GCUUCUUAAAAUGUCAGGUUUUUGUUACGAAAAGAAAACGAGUCCAUGAUAAAUCGCUUUAAAACAUUUUCACAUGUAAUGUUGCGGAUAAAUUUAUCGUUAUGACAACAUAAUGCAGUGUAAUUAUAUUUUAAAAGGUGAAGGUUUUAGAGAAUUAACUUAGACAUUGACCUGAAGCCAUUUUGUAAUAAAUCCUUGUUAAGAUGGACAUUUAUUUCAUUUUUCCAACAUUCGGACGGAUGAUAAUCUAUGAUUUUUGUUUUCAGGAAACCAAAAGCAGAAAGACCUUAAGAAUACAGACCUUACACACAUUAUCAAAUAUUGCAUCAUUUAGUACAACUCUAAUACAGAUCAGCUGAAAAGUAAAUAAAUCAGUUGGAAAGCUUUAGCUUAGCUGCAGUAGCCUAGUUUUAUAAACUUUAAACUUUAUUAAUUUAAGCAUCUGGGCGUCUUUCAUCCAGCAUUUAGACUUGCAACAAUAAUCCAAGUCUAUUUCAUGAGGCGAUUUACAAUUGAUGUUUGUUCUGAACUUUAGCUUGGCCAUGACAAAAUAUCAUCGCAAUAUCAGUACGUGCAAAAUCAAAAUUAGUGGUGCACCGAUAAUUUUGGUGCACCGAUAAACGGAAGAAAUCAACCCUGAUUUCUUGCGUUUUGGUUUGAUCAGCAAUCGGCCGAUGCGUACAUAAAUCCACCGAUCUUAUCUAUCCCCGCAAAAGUCUGAAAAUUAUGUUUGUAGGUGCAAUAGGUCAUCCUAUUGCUGCCAACUUGGUGUCUUUGUUGCUGUAUUUAGUGACUUUAGAAACAAAAAUAAACAAAAGUCAUUCAUUUAAAAAAAUUGUUGGCCAGUGAUCGGCCAAAAAACUGCAGUCGGUGCACUCCUAAUUCAAAUAACAAAGAUCAGCCUUGGACAAUAUUUGCUCUGGGUGUUCUUGAUGUAUUUGACCAGCAGGAUGGACUCUGCUCUUAAUGUUUACACCUGAUAUAUAGUUUCAGUGGCUGAGCUGCCCAUGGAGGACGGGAAAAUAAAAUUUCGGGUAAUAAUUUAUAUUGCUGGAAUUUUCAGCAAGAGUAUCACAAUUAUACAUUUUCCUCCUAUUGUGCAGACCUAGUGUUUACUCAAGUAGAGUGGAUGAUGAAAUUUAACAUACCACAUUUUAGUUUAAGGUUUUCAUAAUUAUUAAACUGUAUUUUGCAACAAAAAAAAUCCAUUCCAACUGAUUUUUUUUGUUCCUUUAGUUGACUUGUACAGAAUAAAUGUUACAUUAAUGUUGGAAAAAGUUUAGAUGAUUUCUCAUUGUUUCAGUGCUAUACUAAUUCUUUCUUUAUGGAGCUACUGUAUUCUACUUUUUAAGCAGUGGGAGGAAGUAUAUGCUCUGUUGGUUGUACAAGUGUUAAGAAGAAAGCAAACCUUUUCAGUGUGACUGCUUACCUCUGAAUGUCAAUGUAAAUUUCUGCUGUGCAGUGAAAGCUCCUUGGCUGUAAACACACCACCAAGAAGUCAUUCGGAUCACAGCUAAUAAUAAAAAAAAUAUUUUUGAUUAUCAGCAUUUUACUCAUUAAUGUAAAGGGAACACCAGCUUCCAGCUCAUUCAGCUCAUCACUUCAGUAAACCCCUCAUGGGAUCGGCCGGCAUUGAAAGUUGUGAAAUAAUCAAACAUGUUGCAUAGCAUGACUGUGCAAAGUGCAACUUCAGGUGAAACGGUGAAAUAAAAAGCAUAAAACCGAUGGAGCAGGAGAACCACAAACACUGUAAACCAAAAUAAGUUGGGGUUUUUUUCGUAGGAAAAAGGCUUUUUUCAUAAACAUUAAGUAUGUUAAGACAAACCUCACUUCUGUUUAGAAUUAGCUUUGCACAUUCAAUGUGUAUUAUUGUGCCGUUAUCAAUAUAUUACUUGAAAAUGGUCAACAUUAUCAUUUCUCCCAAUAAUUACUGGGAAAAUUUAUUGUCCAGCAAAAUAUAUGAUCAUUUCAGGUUUAGCUAAAAACAGUCUUAAGAUUAAAUAACAGUAUCCACAGAUCUGAAAAGCUGUGUGCGUUCUUGACCAGCGUCAGUAGUUUCCAAGGUAUCUUGUGCUGCUAUUUCUUUGUUUUUUUUUCUUUUGUGAAAAUAUAAUAGUUCUUGGAGGGAAUUGUUCACAGUUAUAAUUGCAUGCCAUUUGUAAGCUUCCUUGUCACUGUUCAGUUCUGAAUGGUGGUGAUUCAGAAUUAUGUCCUCAUUCAUUUGUUAUUCAUGAGCAGAACUAGAGUUUAACCAUAAAUAAACUCUCUACAUAAAUGUAUAUUCUAAACAUUUGCUCACACUGUAAAAUUAAGUCCUAGCAGCUUACAGUGUGUAAAUUAACCCGACUAAUAAAUGUUGGUAGGUUUCAGUGUACGUAGUUACGUGGCAGUUAUGACGUAGUUCAUAGUUUGUUAGUUGAUGGAAAGUUUAAGGAAGUGUUCCUUUGAUUACAGAUCCGCCAUUUUGCAUAUGAUUAAUCUAUCCUAAGUAAACGGACACAUAACACAAGCUUUUAAGUUUGUCUUGCUAAUCGAAAUGCAUCCGAGGAAGAAACAUGUCCUGCUCAUCUUGCUGCUUCUGUUGUCCAGCAAGGCGGAGGAGCUGGAUCCGGUUAGCAUCACUAUAGCAGUGGGAAUGGCUGUUGGCGCUGCUGGUGUCACAGGAAUUUUAUCGACUAGCAUUUUCUACUACUUCAAAGAGAGCUGCUCACCCGUUUGGAUAUCCUUCAAUAGUACAAGGCUCGAGACGGACCUGGACAACAAGCUGUUCGGACAGCACAUUGCGUCCAGCAUCAUCUUAAAAGCUGUGAACGGCUUCAUGAGCAACACGAACCCAAAGAAGCCCCUGGUGCUCUCUUUCCACGGGUGGACCGGCACCGGGAAGAACUUAGUGAGCCAGUUCAUCGCCGAAAGCAUUUACAGCAAAGGAAUGAAAAGUGACUUUGUCCACUUGUUCACAUCCACUUUUCACUUCCCACAUAAACAUAUGAUUGAUACCUACAAGUCUCAGUUGCAGCAGUGGGUCAGAGACAGUGUGACCAACUGUGAGCGCUCCAUGUUCAUCUUUGACGAGAUGGACAAGAUGCAUCCAGGCUUGAUUGACAGCAUUAAGCAGUACCUGGAAUACUAUGACAAUCUGGAUGGGGUUUCUUAUGGGAAGUCCAUCUUCAUCUUCCUCAGCAACGCAGGAGGAGACAACAUCACUAAGACGGCUCUAGAAUUCUGGAAGGCGGGAAAAGGUAGAGAAGAGAUCACGCUCAAAGACCUGGAAAAAACACUCUCACUGUCUGUGUUCAAUGACCAAAAUGGGGGCUUCUUUCACACAAGUUUGAUCGACAAGAACCUUGUGGAUUUUUUUGUUCCUUUCCUGCCUGUGGAGGAAAUACACAUAGUCCAGUGCGCCAUGGCCGAGAUGAAAGCCAGAAACCUCAGACCAAACCGCGACGUGGCGAACAAGGUGGCCAGAGAUAUGAUCUAUUUCCCUAAAGAUGAAAGAGUGUUCUCUUCCACAGGUUGUAAGACGGUACAGCACAAACUAAACUUCUACAGAUAGAUGUGCGCAUCUAAAACAUGAGAAUGAGACACUAUGUGAUGUGACAGAUGUGAACGAACAACAGGAAGUAGCUGCCUUGCAUCUUUGUUUUCAUUGGAAGGAACUUUGCACUUAAGCAGCUCUUUAUUUACCUCAAUAAAUGACCAGAGCUGUUAAAUCUCAUGGCACACUGCUAAAAAUUGCACAAGUGAAAUUAAAUGUCAUAAGAUUUGUUUUUAAGAAACUCAGGAUUGUCAUCUCAUCAUCAACUCUGAUUGUCUAAAUGGAAACAGUCUUUGUGUUGAUGCUUCCCAAUCAAAGCACUACAUUAUGUGAAAUAUAUAAGGUGAUUCUCAAAAGCAGGUUUUUGUUAUGAAACAAAAUCAAGACCAUGAUUUUAAAGCACUUUAAAGACUUUUUCACUUCUUCUUAUGAACAUGUACAAAGCAGAACACAUUGUAAUCAUAUUUUAGAGGGUAAAUAUGGGAAUGCAUUAAGUUAGACUUUGACCUGAAACUUCUGUAAUAAAACAUUGUUAAUAUGGAAAUUCAUUGAAUUUUUCAGCACAUAUCACACUUUUUCCUAAGGUCAUGCAGCCCUAGUAGAGAAGUAAAUAAAUCACUGAAAUUCC